ACUUCCGGUUUGCACGCAGCCGACGUAGAAUACACGCGAGAAUUUUAUAGAAAGGGGAUUUGUUCAUGUUUUGACACCCAAGGAUAUAUGACACUGCACUGUCAUGUCAGGCUAUCAAGGCUAUCCCCAAGGUCAGUGGCCAGGAGGUUAUGAUGAAGGAAGGGCAUGGGCACCUGGAAACACUGAUGAACAGAAUAGCCAGAGUGAGACCGGUCCCUUCGUUACGGCGCCAAUGUCCCAAGUCAUGCCAGGUGGUAGUGAGGCUUUUAAGCGGCCGGCACAGUCCUCAGGGAAAGAUUUUACUGAUGAAGAAAGGGCAUGGGUACCUGGAAACACUGAUGUUCAGUAUAGCCAUAUUGAGACAGAUCCCCACAUCACGACGCCAGUGCCAAAAGUCAUGCCAGGUGGUAGUGAGGCUUUUAACCGUCCGGCACAGUCCUCAGGGGAAGAUUUUGCUGAUGAAGAAAGGGGAUGGGUACCUGGAAACACUGAUGAACGGUAUAGCCAUAUUGAGACAGAUCCACACGUCAUGACGCCAAUGUCCAAAGUCAUGCCAGGUGGUGGUGACACUUUUAAACGUCCGGCACAGUCCUCAGGGGAAGAUUUUACUGGUGUUCCGGAUGCCAAGAGGUCACGUUUUGAAACGGGAGGUUCACCUAUCAAGGGUCAGGAUGCCGACUGGAUGUGUGGCACGACUGAUGCAGCUGAUAGGUCAAGGACGUAUUUUGUCUUCAACCUGAAGCUGAAGACGACAACAUCUGACCUGUUCAAGUACUUUGUAAUGUUUGGGGACCUGACGAAGUGCCAUGUAUUCAAUGACGAUGAAGGACAGUCCACAGGAACAGGCAUUGUGCAGUAUGUCAACGAAGAGGCUGCUAUGGCUGCUCUCUCUGCUCGACCACACUUCAUCCACAAGAAGCGGAUUAUUAUCUCGCAUGAUCGGGAAUUUGAUCCAAAAACGAAUCCUGAUGUUAAAUGGUAUUUAGAAAAGUACAAGUUGUAUGUGGCUGACAUACCUCUUGAAGUAUCUGAAGAGGACCUGUGCGAGUACUUCUCCCAAUGGGGAAAUAUAACCUACUGUGAUGUAGCAGAAAAUGCUAGGAGGACCAGAAAAGCUAAGUAUGGCUUUGUUUCCUUCGCCAAUUAUGAAGAUGCAGUGAAAUGUCUGAACACAACCCACAAUUAUGGAAAAGGCCUGAUUAAUGUAUCUGUGGCAGUGAACUGCAAGGCUCUGAGGGGUGUUGUAAAAGAAGAAAGUGAUGGACCUGAACAAGCGGACCAUCUGUUUGUGACCAACAUACCUGAUGACAUCACUCCAUUAGAAUAUGCAGAGCACUUCUCCAUGUGGGGGAAACUCAUCUUGUGCAAAAUCAGCGGAAAAGUUAGACGGAACAAUAACUUCGGCUUUAUUUGCUACCAAGAACAAGAAGAUGCUCUGAAAGCUGUGAUAAUGCCCCACACAAUGAAACACCAGAGGGUUUUUGUACGUGUGUCAGACAGGGAGAGCGGAGCUUUGCUGGAAGCUAUAAGAGAUCCAGACAUAAUGGCAGCUGUUGAACAGAAAGUCCAGAAUUGUUAUCUUUAUGUGCCCAAUUUGAGUAUACAGACCAACAAAGAUGAGCUGUACGAGCACUUCGCGACGUAUGGAGACCUGGCUAGCUGUAUAUUCAGAUCGACUGGCAAUAAUGAGCUGAUGGCCUUUUUAGCCUAUUUGAAGGAAGAUGAUACUCUGCGUUGCCAUCAAGAUGUACAUUUUCUGAAUAAAAAGAAACUGAAUGUACGUUGGUCUCACUUGACUAAAUGGGGUGGAGAAGAUAUAAGAGUAUCGCAAAAAUCUGAUGCUCAGGCCGCAAAACUUGCCGGUCCUCGCAAACCUGCCAGAUACCGCGGUCGUCACAGAUACAACAGACCUGCCAGUCCUCCUAGAUACGACAGACCUGCCAGUCCUCCUAGAUACGACAGACCUGCCAGUCCUCCUAGAUACGACAGACCUGCCAGUCCUCCUAGAUACGACAGACCCCCCAGUCCUCCCAGACCUCCCAGACCCCCCAGUCCUCCCAGAUACGCCAGACGUGUCAGUCCUCCCAGACCUGCUGGUCCCACCAGAGAUUUCGGUUUCGCCAGACCCGCCUAUCCCGGGAUGGAACCAAUGAAAGCCUACGAAUCACCAAACUCUGUUGCUCCUGCUCAACCUGCAGGAUUUGUAAGACCCGUCAUUCCUGCAAGACCCGUCUUUCCUGCCAGACCCACCAUUCCUGUCAGACCCACCAUUCCUGUCAGACCUGCGAUUCCUGUCAGACCUGCCAAUCCUGUUCCCCACAAGGCUGAGCCUCCCAGUAGGAAGCUGAGAAUAUCAGGGUUGGCAGCACACACACACGGUUACACGCUGAUGUGCUACUUCUCCAGAUUGGGAAGAGUCGAGGACUUUGAGCUGGUGAAUGAUGCGACAUUGAGACAAACUGGCUGUGCAUUUGUGAUAUUUGAAAAACUUGGUGAUGCAGAGAAAGCAGUAUCAAACAAGCCACAUGUUAUUGAUGAUAAGGAGGUCGAAGUCACCUACGCCAAGCAUCAUGAGGAAAUGGAACCAAUGAAAGCCUACGAAUCACCAAACUCUGCUGCUCCUACUCAACCUGCAGGAUUUGUAAGACCCGUCAUUCCUGCAAGACCCGUCAUUCCUGUCAGACCCACCAUUCCUGUCAGACCUGCGAUUCCUGUCAGACCUGCCAAUCCUGUCCCCAAAAAUGCAGAGCCCCCAAGUAGGAAGCUGAGAAUAUCAGGGUUGGCAGCACACACACCCGGUUACACGCUGAUGUGCUACUUCUCCAGAUGGGGAAGAGUCGAGGACUUUGAGCUGGUGAAUGAUGCGACAUUGAGACCAACUGGCUGUGCAUUUGUGAUAUUUGAAAAACUUGGUGAUGCGGAGAAAGCAGUAUCAGACAAGCCACAUGUUAUUGAUGAUAAGGAGGUCGAGGUCACCUACGCCAAGCAUCAUCAGAACCUGCCCUCUGAAACCUUUCCAUCUUGGAGGGAACGAAGACCCCAACAACAAAGAUUGCCUAAAUCUAUCAUAUCACGGAAUCAAGGUUAUGAUCCACCAGAAGCUAGAAAGCCACGAAGGUUGCAUGAAGAUGCACAACCACGAAGGUUGCAUGAAGAUGCACAACCACAAAGGUUGCUUGAAGAUGCACAACCACGAAGGUUGCUUGAAGAUGCACAACCACGAAGGUUGCUUGAAGAUGCACAACCACAAAAGUUGGUUGAUGAUGCACAAACACGAAGGUUGCGUGAAGAUGCACAACCACGAAGGUUGCGUGAAGAUGCACAACCACGAAGGUUGCGUGAUGAUGCACAACCACGAAGGUUGCGUGAUGAUGCACAACCACGAAGGUUGCUUGAUGAUGCACAACCACGAAGGUUGCGUGAAGAUGCACAACCACGAAGGUUACCUGAAGUUUACCUGCGAAGAAGGCAGUCCACCCCAGAGCCUUUGAUACCAGGUUUGACACAAGUAGACAGUGUUCCAGACAUGCCAUUAGUAGCUGAAUAUGAGUGCAAUGUCUCUGGAUGUUUAUUUAAAGGCAAAUCAGGGCAGUUUGACCAUCACUGGACAAAGAUUCAUGAAGCAAAGGUUCUUUAUCUCAUCUGUUCAUUCUGUAGCAUGGAAUGUGUAGAUACAGAUGAUCUUCGUGAACACCUGGAUUUUUUUCAUGGUGUUGAGGACAGGAGUGAAAUGUCAACAUUUCUGCUUGGUGCUAGACAAGAGGAGAGAGACAACAUUCACUUUGUCAUGCCUGGCAGUGUGACCAGGGAAACCUGCAUGAAAGUGACCAAGCCUCCACAAAAGAAAGACUUUCUUCUGCUUCAUAUCAAGAAUCAGCAUCGAAACACAGAUCAGGAUGUGCCAAGGCCUCAGUUGCCAAUAUUGCCAUCCCAGCAGCCUACUCCACCUGUUCCACCACUUCUAGCAUCCCAGGUGUCGACACAACAAGCAGUGCCUUUACAUGAUCAGGUAACACCCUUCUACCCCUCCACAGCAUCUGUUCCCAAACCUGUGCCACCUCCACCUGUACCCAGGUCUGCCCCUCAGCCUGCUGUAGGAAGUCAGUCAUUUCCACAAGCAUGGCCUCAGCUGCCUGUCCCUGAGAUUUUAAAUACAUCAACUUGGCAGCAAGCUCCUAUUCAAUCUCAAAUAAAUGCACAAUCACAAGAAGCUAGUGUAGGGGCUUCAGGACCCACACAAUUUGUUUCAGUCGCUCCUUCAGUAGUUCCACCUUAUCCUCAAGCAGGUGUCCCAUUACAACUCCCACUGACUGGGCAGGUAAUCAUGCAGUCUGCAACUGCUCAGCCACCUGAGUUUGUAAUGGAACAACCACCUGUUGCUUCUCAGUCAGUAGUAAUGCCAAUUGAAGAUCCUAAUAGCAUCCCUGAACUUGAUGCUCAGGAUUUAAAUGAUUUUGACAUUGGCAAUAUAAAAACUCAGGAAAAGGAAAGCGUUCAGGAAAUAUCCUGUGAAUCCCAAAGUGAACCAGAAAUGGUAACUGAAAAGAAAUCAAAUGAUGAAUUGAAAAGAUCAGUCCAGCCUGUAUCAGAUCUUGUUCUGAGACCAGAAUGGACAGAGUCAUUGAAAGUUGCACACCCCAAAAAGUCACUGAGUCAGCAAAGGACAGAUAAUGGCAAACCGUCAAAGAAGGGGAGGAGGGAUAACAGUGAUCGAUCAACAGAGGAACGUCAGCAGAGGACAGAGAACCGCCCACAGUCGAGAGAUAAACAUCAACACAGGACAGAUAACCGUGGCCAGGCAAGUGAAGACCUUUCACAAAGGAGAGGUAAUGGUGAUCGGUCAAGGAAUGAGCGUCAGCAGAGGACGGAUAACCGUGGCCGGGCAAGUGAAGACCUUUCACAAAGGAAAGAUAAUAGUGAUCAAUCAAGGAAGGAGCAUCAGCAGAGGACAGAUAACCGUGGCCGGGCAAGCAAAGACCUUUCGCAAAGGAAAGAUAAUAGUGAUCAAUCAAGGAAGGGGCGUCAGCAGAGGACAGAUAACCAUGGCCGGGCAAGCAAAGACCUUUCACAAAGGAAAGAUAAUAGUGAUCAAUCAAGGAAGGAGCGUCAGCAGAGGACAGAUAACCAUGGCCGGGCAAGCAAAGACCUUUCGCAAAGGAAAGAUAAUGAUGAUCGGUCAAGGAAGGAACGUCGACAGAGGACAGAUAACCGUGAUCGAUCAAGAGAUACACAUCAACACAGGACAGAGAGCCGUUGUCAGUCAAGUGAAGACCUUCAGCGAUGGACAGACACCCAUGGUCGGUUAAUAGAAGAAAUUCCUGGCAGGAGAGACUGGAAUGUGGAAAAAGAAGAACAUGUGGAGGUGUACAUGGAUGAAUAUGUGAAUGAAGGUGAAGAGUAUGCUCUGGCCUAUGUGGAUGAAGAUGGGGUUCAUGUGAUGGAUGAUGGUUUUGUGAUGGGUGAAGGAGGUCGUGCUGAAAGGGAAGAGAGAAUGGAUGAAGAAACAGAGAGAGAGCUAAGAAGUCAGGCCACAAGAGGUUAUGGAGGAGAAACAAAAAGUGUCCACAGAAAUAUUGAUGAUAAAGACAUGCAGAUGCAUGACAGAGGUCAAAAGAAGUUAAAUGAGGAUAGUAGAUUUUCUCAGGAGUAUUUUCAGUAUAGAGAUGGUGACAGAACACAUUUUAGUAGUGCUAGGAACAGCAGUGUGAGCAUAAUGAGGAAUGAGGAUGGAAGGUCACAGAGUUUUGAGGAUGAAAUGCCCAGAGAGUCUGUCUUUGCUGAAGACGAAUAUUUUCAUGAAGGGAAUGAAUACCUUGUUGUGGAAGAAAAUAAAGGAUUUAUACAAAGUGAGAGGGUGGUUGAGGUGGUUAAUUAUGAUGAUGAGCGCGAAGGAGCUUUCAACAUAGCCUGGUCUGAGAGUGCUCAACAGGAUGGCAGGAUAUUGCCAGGAGCAGGGAGUAGCUUGGGCAGAGAGAGUAGAAGAUUAGACAGAGAUAGAGGAUUCUCAAAUCAACGUGACAGCUUCAAGAGAGACAACUCCGUGACAAGAGGUAGUCAGGGACGAGGAUCCAGAGCAUAUAGUAAAAGUUCCAGUGCAGAUAAAUCAGUGAGACGUAGUGGUAAAGAAAGAAACAGAGGUCGGGAGAUUCUAAAACACACUGAGCAUUUCAGAAAAGAUGAUUCAAUGAAAAGAGAUCGAAAAGACUUUGUUGAUGGUGGUACCACAAAAUCUCAAAAGAUGCGUAGCAAACAGAUUGAUGACAGAGAUUACCAUAGAAGGUUGAGAAAUCGAUCCUGGGGAGACAAGUCUAGCAGGUCCAAGACAAAGAGUCAUUACUUGAAGAAAGAAAGUGUCGACACAGAGACUAAGGACCAGUUGAGCAGUGGUAACCAGAAUGAAAGGAAAGGUGGUGAUAAGACUGAAGGAAAUGAGGGGAAUAUGUUUGAAACGGAACAGUAUGGCAUGGAUGACGUUGACAUGGGAGACUUUGUUGUCAUGGAUGACAUUGACAUGGAUGACGUUGACAUGAGUGACUUUGUUGUCAUGGAUGCAGUGUAGAUUUGAAACUUUGCUGAUCAUCAUUAUGAAGUUACAUGUGUUCUCAAGAAUCAGAAGUCUUCAGCCCAUGCCCAGCAGAGCAUAUAUCAGCAAGGGAGUUCUCAUUGAACAUGGUGUCUUUGGUAUCAUGGAUGCUGUGUGGAUUGGAAGCAUUAUUCAUAAUCAUUAUGAAAGAACAUGCUUAUGAAAGAUGCAAAUGCCUCUUGCCAUUACCCAGCAGAACAAACUGAUAGCAGCAAUAAUGGUGGUUGGGAUUGGUGAGUUUUAUAUUGGUGACUUUCCACUCUCCAAGAAGUGGAACUGGUGGCUAACUAUCAUUGCGAUGAUGUUUCUUUCAGUGCAGUUAAUGCAUUUCAUCUGUGUACUUUUCACCAUUUAUUUACUCACCUUUGGGAUUCUGAGUGAAUAUUUGUCAAACAAACAAAUCAUUUGAAAAUCAUACAUCACAGCCAUAAAUUUCAAUUUUAACUGUCAUCACAUUAUCAGAUCUUCCAGAUUUUCAACAGACGCCUCUUCAGAGGCAAACUUUCUUCUGGUUAGUAUUUAAUUUAACCCUCUGUGUGAAGUGGGUGGAAAAGUCCAUACUUGAUUCUUUAUUUAUUUGGGAUUAGUCCGAAGUUUGUAAAUGUUUGCUGAAACAAUCAUUGAUGUAAUGCGAGACUGAUGAGGCAAAUAACUGUAUGUAUGAUCUCUUUAUUCAUGCCUCUGUUCUUCUGCCAGACUGGAUAUUUGUACAUACAUUUGUAAGAUAAUUUUGUGAUUUCAAAUUAUGAUAAUCAUGAUGUUAUCCUCCAUUAUACCUUUCUGUAUACGCUCAUCAGUCUACCCAGUAUGAACUGAAGCACUGCACAGCUACAUCUGCUGUGAAAAUCAUGGUGUUAUCCUCCAAGUGGAUCAUACCUUUCUGUAUCCACUCAUCACUCUACGCAGUGAUCUGAAGCACUGCACAGCUACAUCUGCUGUGAUAAUCAUGGUGUUAUCCUCCAAGUGGAUAAUACCUUUCUGACUGUCUCAUUAAAUGUACAUAUGUAUCUGUUAGAACAGGGGCGGUGGGGUAGUCUAGUGGUUAAAGCGUUGGCUCGUCACGCCAAAGACCCGGGUUCGAAUCCCCACAUGGGUACAAUGAGUGAAGCCCAUUUCUGGUGUCCUCCUCCGUUAUAUUGCUGGAAUAUUGCUAAAAACCAAACUCACUCAGUCAGUCAGUCUGUUAGAACAGUCCCGAAAAUCAUAUGUCCAAAGGGUGGUAUGGAGCUUUUGGCCGUACAUUUUCCAGUACAUGCUGUUACCAAUACAUAAAAGGAAUAGUUCUGCAUUUUUGUGUUGUCAUUUGUUUCCUUUCAGACUGUAAACAUUCUAUGAGCCUCGUCAUAAGUUGAAAUGUUUUGUUGUUUCAAAUGAUUGCUGCCUUCUUGGUUGUUAUAACUGAAUUUUUGAGAGCUGAAAUCGGAAGUACCCAUUCAUGUCUUCUUUUUCACCUCUCAGGAUGUACAAUAUUUCUAAAUAUAGCAUUGACUAAAAUAUUCACAGCAUACGAUAUGACAACCAGUAUGAGAGAUCAUCAUCACCAUCAUCAUCAUCAUCAUCAUCAUCUGAAUGAGAUGAGAACUCUGUGUAUAUUUUUUGGUGGAAGACUAUAAAAAAUGAUGUGUUCAUUCUUCCUUUUUAUGUUGACUUUUUUACAUAAAAGUUAUCAUAAUAGAGUCUUUUAUGCAUGAAUUCCAUGACUUAAUUGUCAAAAUCAGGGACAGAUUCUUGAUCAAUAAGAUGUAUUCUCCUGCACCCAAAUAAAAAUGAUUUGAAAUUUGAA